AUGGCGAGCUUGAAGGUGGCAUGGGCGAAGACGGAAGGCGAGGACCGUGGACUCGUAGCAUUGCAAGAAGUUCGAGCUUCACAGUCCUUACUGUCGAUUCCGACAACCGCCUUGUUGAACGCGCGUACGCUGGCCGCAUUCUUUCCGCUAAACAGCGUACCCAGUUCGAACGCCUCUGGAAGUAUACUUAAUGCUGUUCAAGCCGUAUCACUGUACUUGGCUGCGCAUCGGCAGGAUCCCCACUGUCAUUGGGCCCCGUACAUCAGAACGCUGCCGGCUGACUUCCCUGAUCAUCCCGUGAACGUGUUCCUCGUCCAUCAACACCAUCCUGACAAACCGAGUCACGACCUCUGGGAUCGUUUUGCUGUUCUGUCGUCCGGCCCGCCAACAUUUCUAGCAUUGCUGAAUGAAGUAGUUGCAAGAUGCAAGCAAGAUCUUAGCGCCAUCAGAACGUAUCUAUCAACCCAUCGAAACCUCUUCAGAUUGCCAGGUGACUUCGACAUCAAAGACCUCCUGUGGGGAUGGCUUAAUGUGAACACGAGACAGGUUUGGAUGGAGCUCGGUUUGAAAAGAGAAGACAACCUCACUUUAGCCCCAAUCUUUGACAUGUGCAAUCACACCGCCGGGUCCGGGGGCGAACUCAAACCUUCACCAUCUGGACGGGAACUCUCACUCUGUGUUCCAUACAAACUCAGCAAGGGACAGGAAGUGUGCAUUCAGUACGGUGUUCACAGCAAUGUACAGCUUCUUGUCGAAUACGGGUUUGUCCUGGAUCUACGGCGUUGCGACGUCUUAGAGGUACGAGUCGCCGACCUCGUGCUACCCAUGCUUCAGACGGAAGGCAAUCGAGAACAGGAGAUGCUCACAGCUCUUCAAGCGAAUGGAUACUUCAUAAAAGACUGGGCAUUACACGUUUAUCCGGAACCUGCAGCACCGUCCUAUGGCCUGAUUGUUGCACUGCGUCUGUUGCACAGUGCUGCCCCACCCGAUGACUACUUGCAUUGGUUUGAGAUCCUUUGGAGUGGUCAAUUCUCGGAAAAGUAUCCCCUUAUCGACGAACGCGUGAAGAGAACGCUCUCCGACAUGUGUUUGCAAAUUUUGAACAGAGCAGAACAUCACUUAGACGUUUUGAGUGAAGUGUCGAGUUUCGCACAUGAUGUCAGAACACUAUGGGAGGAAGAACGCGAUGUUGCGCUGGCGGUUCAGCAAAGUCUUCUUCAUGAUCUUCUAGAGUUUGAUUGA